GGCUGCAGCGCCUGCCGCCGACCCCUGGAAGGAGCUGGAGACCAAAAACGAUGAGACAGAAAAGAAGUCGAGCACCGUUCUUGUGGCAGUCGGUUUCGUGUCCGGGCUGGCGCGGCGCGCCAGUGAAGAACAGGUGCCGGCCAACAAGAACAUGCAGCUCCCAAACAGAAUGCCAGUGAAGGCAGCUUCCAAACAUUCGCCCCAUGCUCUUGACGGAUUGGGGCGGGCCUUGCUAGAUUAUUGGACCGUGCUCCUGCUGCAGCUGUUGGAAACUGGCUGGACGGUGCUCUUGCUAAAAGUGGCCGUUGAAUUUGGUUACAAUGCAACAACAGGUUGUCAGGGUGAGGGUUAUCGUGGCUCCACAACCACGAUACAAGCAGCAGGAUGCGAAAGCACAUUCAUUGACCAUUUUGCAAAAGGUGGACAACCACUUCCAGAGGACUACGGUCCAAGACAGAGGACACCUUCCUAUACAGCAGUUCAGAAACGCAGUUUCAAAAGGGCUUGUAAGCGGGCAUUGAGAUAUGGCUCUACGAUGUAUCAUGGCAUCAUUUACACUCCAGCAGACUUUCCUUCACAGCUUUUGGACAAAAUGCAGCGGCCGGCAUGCAAUAUCAAAGAAAAGAUCAACCCGAUGCCCCAGCACCGGAAGGCGGCUCGACUGCGCCUCCUUUGUUGGAACUCAGGUGGCAUGUCGCAGGGGAAACUCCUGGAGCUACGAUUGGUCGGCGGCAUUUUGAUAAUGAUUGCCAAAUCCCUCAUCUCAGCAGAGCACAUUGGCUACGACGCCGUUGAACCAAUUGAUAUGUGGUGGAGACUUCAACUGUGCUACAGCCGCAAUGCCCCCAUGGAUCGGCACGAGUCUUUGACCAUUUUGGCAUUGCGUCUCCACUUGCCCUAUUGGCCAGUCAUGUUUCCAAUUUAUGGCGACGGCUACAAAGGUCAUGACAAGUCCUGCCGAUGUGGCGCCUGGAGCUCAUACACAGGCGUUUUAGCUAGAGGGGCCCAAAUCACCCAUCAGAUUGCUUCCCCAACACCGUGCGUGCUCUGCCAGAAGCCUUACAAGAGAAAUCAUAGCUGUCCAGUGGCCACCCAAGUGGCUUGCUUGCAACUGCAUGGGCAGGACUCCAAUGCCAAUCCUGAUGCCCUGAGGACCUGCAUCAUAUGUGAUCUCCUCUUACCGGAUAUGGCGCAAUUGCAUCAACACCUUGGUCGUUGCCACGAUCUCCAGAUCCCAGAUUGGUGCCCAGCCAGAGACUCCUUAGAGGGGUCCAGUGCAUGUGCGCACUGUGGCGCUACCUUCGAGACACAAAGUGGCUUGCGCCGUCACAUAUUGGACGGUCGCUGCGAGCGGUUCAACCCGGCGGCAUCACCGCAACCACUGGAUGCGGCCACAAAAUGGACUGAGGUCUUGCAGCAAGGAGAACUGACCAGGAGCACUCUGACUCCAGCCCAGCGCCAAGACUUAUUCAUUUUGCCUCAAAUUGCCCCGUUGUGCAUCAAGCUGCGCAACUUCUGCUUCCACUCGAUGGACGAGACGAUGCCAGACCUGGAUCCGAACGACAUGGAGCUUUUGGCCUCCUUCCGGGAGCUGGGACCCCUUCUGCAAGCGGCCAGCCGCUACCAAAGAGACCUAGAAGAGGAACCCCAUUCCAAGCGUCCCAAACAAGAAGUGGGACACGAGGAAGCCAAACCAGUGGCCGUCCAGCCCCAGGUUCAGGGAGCCAUGAUGGGCAUGAUGAAAGUGAUGGCCAGGUUAUUGCUCCAACACGAACGGAGCAUACAACUGCUUCACAGACAGGACUCCUUCGUUUUUUAUGCCCAAGUCAGUCCACAAGGCGCAGUCCCUCUGCUGACACAGGCGGCCGUGGAAUGGAAGGACUUGCACCAGAAGAAUCCCGGCAGUCUGAAGGUACCUACCCUCAGAACACACCUCAUGAAGACUCUGACGAAAGAGAUCCACCGCAGGGUGCAACAGAUGAGCAACAGCAGCAAGGGCACAGAACUAUGGGACAGAGCAGUAGACCGAGGAGUACUUCUCCCAGACGGGUCAUGGCCGUACCAACGCUGGAGUCACACAGAUCAUCGUUUGAUACCAGCGGCCAGACCGCCCCUGCCGAUGGCUCGGCUCCUGAAGCAGCUUCAGCACAUGGAAGAGUUGCUGGAGGAUUCCACCCAUGUGAUCCGAUUCCAGUCCCUGAAGGCUCAGCCUACAGUCAUUCCCUGGUACCUCCAGAUAUGCAUGCGGACGGACGAGAUCUGGUUGAUCCUGACCGAGCUCCAACAGCUGGCGAUGUGGAGCCUCCUGGGCCUGACAUUGAAGGCACACCAACAGGGGCAAUGCAAGCAGGCCCAGCUCUUGCAGCAAUGCCUUCAACAGAAUCCCAGCAAUGCCAAAGGCAAGGGGAAGGGGAAAGCCCCGGGCAAGCACAAGAACCGCUA